AUGAUAAAGUUAGUUGAUUACUCCGAGAGUUCCGAUGAUGAAGAACUUGCAGAAGCUCCUUGUUCCAAUGACGGUAGCCAAUGGUCAUCUUUUGGUGAAGUGCCAUCAAGUCCUAGUGACACAUUUUCGUACGAUAUGCGAUCCCCUGACAGUGAGGAAGAGAUCGCAGACGACGAAGAAGAGGUCGAAGACGACGAGGAAGAGGAUGAGGAUUACGUACCUUCUCGGACGUCCCUAGAUGCUUCAGUUUCUAUCACGAGCUCAGUGGAUACAGAAGAUUUAGAUCCCGACAAUGAUAUGGAAGAAGAAGAACCGGUAGAAAUGGAAGAUAAUCUCCAUUUGAACACACAAGAAGAGUUUGAUUAUGUCAAUCAAGAGAAAAACAAGGAAGUGAAACAAUGUAAAGAUGUUUUGAAUGUAUGGAAAGAUUUGAAAGAUGCGUUUGAAGCUAAUGCAUUCAAGAGACGCAGUGGAGAGAUAUCAGAUAACAUGGAGAAAAAGAUACUGCCGAAAACAACUAAACAGCAGCAGCUUCUUUCAACCAAAAAAUGGACAUCAUUCGCUGAUGACAAGGAGCAGUCUACGAUGUCAAAAAAUACAGCUGCCGAUUAUAUGUUUAAAUCGUCCAAGACAAGUCCUAAUGAACCGACAAACUCUUUGCAUGUAGAUGGUCAAACGAAGCAGCCUGCGUUUUGUUCGUUUCAGACUCCGCAAGUGGAUAUUUCGACCUUUUCAUUUGGCGGGAAGCAGAUGAAUGUACAUUUACCAAAUUUCACCUUUGGAAACUCAGGAGCUACAGUGUUUGCAAAGAAUAGUGACGAUACGCAUAUGCGUAGUCCAAGUCCAAAGUGUACUACUGCGACAUCAUUUGUCCCAAUUGAUGGUAAAUUUACGCUUGAAAAGCGUGGUAACAAAUCUAUACCUAACAUUUCUUACAACUUUGGAAAUAACGCCAGUAAAGCAGAAUGUUUCUGUGCAAAAGUGCAAAAUACGACAAAUGAUGAUAAUGACGCUUAUAUGUACAGCCCAAGCACGCACGGUAAACCUGCAGGUCAGUACCCGACCAAAGGUGAGUUUUUAUUUGGACAAGCAUACAAGAAUCGCAAACCGCAUGAUUUUUUUCGACAAAAGAGCAGCGUGUCGUUGGAACCGACCAAGUCAGUUUUUACUCCAAUCGUAGCACCAACAACAGAGGGGCUGAAAGUUUUAUGGGGAACAAAGGGUCCUAUUGGUGGCACUUUAUCCUAUAAAUCUGGCGCAAACAGUGAAGAUACAGCAGUUCCUACGUCCUUUAGUACUGGAGUCGCAGGAUCAAACAUGCAGCAUCGAAAUUUAGACCGUCAGAAAAAGAAGGCUUAUUUAUGCUCAACCUUUGCAUCAAUCGCACAAGGUACCUCAAGUAAAUCCCAGUUAUUUGUCUCGACAUCAUCAUUUGGAUCUUCACAGUCUGCAACGGCCACUCACCAGCAAUUCGAUACAAUCUUUGCGGUUAAUGAUACACAAGAAAAGAAUGUGUGGCCGAGUAACAUGGCCUCAACUGUACCCACUGAAAAGCCAUUCGUCACGAGCACAGGUGGGUCGUUUAUACUUGGCAACUUAAGCAAUAAGACUGUUCCGAAGACUUUUACAAACACAGAUUCAUCUUUAUCUCAGGCUGAUGAAUUUGGCUCAGCCAUUGGUUUGGCUACCGUGGCGGCAGUAAGCUCAGGUGUUUCCAGGCAGAUUUCUCUUGACGAAGAAACCUCUUGCAAUUCAUUUAAAUUUGGUGAUGCAGAAACCAAUUUACCUACAGUAGAAGCCAAUGCUCGCUUUCCAGCUAAGAAUAUAUCAGCAGCACCUACUGGUGGCUUCCAAAUUGGUUGUGUGGAUGCUCAAACGAACUCUCGAGUGCGCCAUAGGAGAAGCGGAAUGUUUACCCACAAAAAUAGUCCAAGGAAAGAUGCCAAGGUAGGCGCUCUCAUCUCAGAGCCAUCUUCCGGCUCUUACUCCGCAUCCUCAUCGACUCCAUCUCCCUUUAGAAUGCACCAUAGGCGGACUCGCAAGAAUGCUUGUGUACGAAAAUGUGGGCGUAGUUCUCCCACAAAACUGUUUGCAACACACAAUUUUCAGUGCCACCAGCCUUUAUCGUCAUCUGAUGGACAUCUACAUCCCAAUGCGGUGGGAACUACGGUAACAAGAGAUUCUGUCUCUGUCGCUGAAGCCAGCUCUCCGAGUAACAGCCAUUUUGGUGUUGUGACAAGUCAGCAACACGAUCAAAUCAGUGAUUCAGGUGUGUUUUCUUUCCACUCACAACGUUCCAAAUCCAGUGAUCCGCAGUCUCAAAACUCGAACCAUAAAUCGACGGUUUGUCAGCAUAGUUCGAGUGAAUCUGCAAAGAUCCAGCAAAGUAGCAAUAGUGGGACGCGCUCCACCUAUGCUGGAUCGCGCCGAAUCCUGCGAGCAGCCCUUCGAAGUGUUGGAGUUGGUGGAGAUCGUGCAAGCUCAGCACCGCCCACCACUGGUAGUCGACCCGAUGAGAAUGACGCGGAUAUGGACAGCGAAGACGAACGUGACUGGUUGGAAUUGAAGCGUCUUGGUGGUGUUGCGUAUUGUGCAAAAAAAUAUGAAGACGCAGCCGAGUAUUACCGUCAAAGUAUUGAGCUUCUAGAUUCGCUUUCUUAUCAUGACACAGUCAUGUAUACGACUGAAAUGAGAACUGAUAAGGCGAAACUUCACGCAAACCGAGCAGCAUCUCUGAUGAUGCUGAUGCACUUAAAUGAAGCACAGCGUGAAUGUCAGCGAUCGAUUGAGGUGGAUGCGACGUAUGCACGCGCAUACCUUCGACUUGGUCGUAUCCAAGUGCUACUUGGCGAUGCUACUAAUGCACAGGCAAAUAUUGAUACUGCAAGACAAUUGAUGGAAGGGUCAGACCACGAAGUCAGCACUGGAGAUCAAGCAGAUUAUGCGUCACUGACCAAGAUAGAGGCAUCUAUAAAGAAAUUAACAAUGUUACAAGGUGAGAUCAAAUGGUAUGUUGAUUGUGGAGACUUCAAACAAGCUCUCGUGCAGACGAAUGCUGCUUUGGUACAUGCACCAAACAGCCGGAAAUUACAGGUCGAAAAGGCUCGCAUCUUACUGCACCAAAAAAAACUUGGUGAGAUUGUCGAGCUUUGUACUUCUAUUAUCGAGAAACAACAAGCAAAUCAGGGGGAAACGUCCAGUCCAGCAAGCACAAGUGGAAUGAACACGAAAGCGGUCAAGGGUAAAACUGUGCAAAACAUCGCUUAUGUAGGUAUUGAGCUCGGUCUGUUAUGGGCAACCACGCUGCACUACCAGGAUAAAGUUGAGGACGCAGUCCAGAUACUUGACGCUUUGGAAGUUGUGGCACCUUGCAGUUCACACGUGAUACAGUUAAAACGGCAGUGGCAAGAUAUGAAGCAGCUUAAACACGACGGCAAUGAACGGUACAAGCAAGGAAAUUAUCAGGAGGCAGUGCGAUUCUAUUCAGAGGCGGUGCAGAUUGAUCCACAGCACCAGGAAUACUGUGCAAUUAUUUAUUGCAACCGUUCGGCAGCUCAAAUGGGAUUGGGGAGAUAUCAUACAGCGAUUCUUGAUUGCAACCAAGCUCUGCAACAAAAACCCAAUUAUCCGCGCGCCCUGCUUCGUCGAGCCCGUUGCCAUGUUGCGUUAAAGAUGUAUCACGAAGCAGUGAAAGACUUUGACCAAUAUUUACGCGUGAACCCAAGUGUUACGCCAGUUGACGCGCCAUCUGAUGUCCGCCGAGAGCGUAAUGAGGCGAAGGCAGCUAUAGCCAAAUUUCGAGAAGAAGCCAAUCAACGGGAGGCGGCGAAGAAGCGUGCCGAGCGCCAACAACGUCAACGACGCCAGCAUCAGUCACACCAGCGAGACGACUCAACGCGAAAUGACAGUAGAUUUCGCGAUAACUUCCAGCGAGAUGCAAGAAGCAACAACGGGGAAGGUCAUGGUAGCAGCAGAUUCCAGUCUUCAGGUGCCAAUAGCAGGGCUUCAUAUAUGGCGCCUAAGACUCAGCGCCGCACUCACUAUGAUGUGCUUGGAAUCGAAAAGACAGCAACGAUGGACCAAAUUAGAAGGUCAUACCGCAAGCUUGCGCUUGUGUAUCAUCCAGAUAAAGCGAAGACAUUGGCCCAUGCCAAUUUGUUCAAGGAAAUGACAGCCGCGUACAACGUGCUUUCUGACGAAAGUGCUCGCGCCAAGUAUAAUCGAGAGUUGAUUUACCACAGGUUUGGUAACUUCAACGAGAACUAA